AUGCAGAGUAUGAAGAUCAGUGGUGUGACGAAGAGUGCGGAGGUCAGAGGUGGAUUAGCUAGCGAGGAACAAUACCCAUAUGAUGCUGUAAGAAAAGUGUGUAGGAAAGACCUUCAACCUGUAGCAUGGAUCCAUGAUUUUCAGAUGCUUCCAAAAAACGAGACAGCAAUGACCUCUUAUGUUGGUAACAAUGGAACUCUGACAGUAAUUAUCAACAGCAUCUUGCUGCAGCAUUACAGAAAAGGAAUUGUACAUAAUGUCCGCCAGAACUGCGAUACAGAUUAUGUUGAUCACGUGGUCUUGAUUGUAGGAUACGUUAAUAAGGCACGUCAACCUCACUGGAUUGUGAAGAACAGCUAUGGUCCUGAGUGGGGAGAAAAGGGCUAUUUCAGAGUUUUGCUUGGAAAAAAUGUGUGUGGAAUCACAAAAUACCCGUUAGCUGCUACUGUGAAAGAACCUGCCUGCACUUCAUAG